UUGCAGUCACCCCAAGCAGGCACAAAAGAAAAGACUCUAUGUUGCUGGCUUUGUACCUCAGGCCCAAUAUCUUUAAGUGCCAAAAUUGAAAGAAAGGGCUACACCCCAGGGAAGAAGGGAGGGGGAAGGAGGUUGCUACUGUGAGUUUGGGCAUUUGGCAGGGAGCCAGGUCCGAACCAUCACAUGGCCUUUUAUGAUGGGGUUACAACAGUGGUGGAUGAGGGAAGAGCGACUGAUGUCAUAUCCCUGGACUUGUGUAAAGCAUUGGACAUUGUUCUGUGUGACAUCCAAGUCUCUGAACUGGAGAGACAUGGAUUUGACGGAUGGACCACUCAGUGGAUAAGGAAUUGCCUGGAUGGUUGCACUCAUAGAAUUGUCCAUGUCCAAGUGGAGAGCAGUGACAAAUGACAUUCCUCAGGUGUUGGUAUUGGGAAUGGCACUGUUUAACAACUUUGUUGGCCACAUGGACAGUGGGAUUGACUGCAUCCUCAGCAAGUUUGCCAACAACACCAAGCUGUGUAGUACAGUCAACAGGGAAGGGACGCCAUUGGAGGGACCUUGACAGACUUGAGAGGUUGGCCUGUGGGAACCUCAUGAAGUUCAACAAGGCCAAAUGCAAUGUCCUGGACCUGGGCUGGGGCAUUCCCAAGCACAGACUGGACAGAGAGGAUGGAUAGGGAGCAGCCUGGGGGAGAAGGACUUGGGGGGUUGUUGGUGGAUGAGAUGCUCAACAUGUCUCAGCAAUUUGCGCUUGCAGCCCAGAAAGCCAACUACCUCCUGGGUUGCAUCAAAAGAAGUGUGACUGUUGGGGCAGGCGGCGUGUCUGCAGACCCCCUGAUGAAGGAUACAGAAGAGGAGGAUUUUGACUUAGACAUUUUGAAGUCGUUUCCCUGAGGAAUUCACAGGAGCAGUGAAAGACUUGAGAAGAUACCAAAACUGACCAGUGAGAGAAGAAUGUAAAUAAGGUGUGAAUAUCCAAUUGUGUGUAAAAACUAAUAACAGACCAUAGAUAGAGAGUUAUUAAUAGAAAGGUAUAUAAGGUUCUGUUCACAGAGUGUGUAUAAAUUAGGCUGAACUGAGCAGUAAAGCAGACUUUCAUCAUCAUACUGUGCCUGGCUUUUAUUCUUUCGGCCGUCCUGACUACUACAACAACUGGUGGCCCCCGACAUGAUCCCACCUGAGGGAACGACAUUAACGACAUGAUUCCAGUGAAGGAUUAAAACAACGAAAUGAUCCGACCUGAGGGGGUCGAAAUCCAGGGACCACGCAAGUCCCAUCGGGGGAGCGAAGGCGAUCCUUUCUGAGGGACCGGAACAGUGGUGAUUCCCAGUAAGGAAUCACGAUUCCCAGUGAGGGAUCAGAACCGCGGGUCGAGGUGCGGUGAGGGCGGAGUUCGGUGAAACAGAGAACAACGGGGCACUGCAAAGGGUCCGGACCUGAAUUCGUCUGUUUGUGACACCUGGGGCAGGUGAGCCACCGAGAACUUUACGGGCACAAUAGGACAAGUUAUGAGUGCAGAUGAGAAGCGGAUAGUUAACGCUUGGAAUACGCUGCUUCGAUGGUGUGAUAUUAAGUAUGAUGAUGACUGCUUGCGGCGUUUUUUGUAUUGGUGCCAAAAAGAGGGGUGCGAAGCUACCCUAAAUUCAGCUUUUAACAUUUCUACUUGGGAAGAGAUUGGGAGGAAAUUAUGGGAUGCUAUAUCGAAUGUUAAUGAGGCGGUGGAGGGGCUUACCCCUACAUGCAAGCUUGUGCUCACCACCCUGAAGGACCGGUAUAAUGAAGUACAAAAGGAACAGGGGGCUACUGGGGAGGAGGGUCUGGUAAAGUCCAUGGCUGAAUUAACACUUACAGAAUCAGUUCCCAGUACCUCCUCCCCCUCUUCUUGUUCUGUGAAAAAUGUCUCCCCUGUUAAUCUUCCCCCUGCUCGCACAUAUACUUCUGCUGCCAUCCCCCCGCCACUCCAGGACUAUCCAUCCCCUGCAUCACAGCUAAUAGUAAAAGCAGAAGAGAAACAGCAAGAAACCCCCCCUUCCCCUGCUGAUUCUGCUGGGCCCGUUCCCACUGCUGCUUUGCCUGUUGCUACCAAGGUACAAAAUAGCAGCUCCUCCUCUUUGGAGGAUUCGGACAGUUCUGAUGGGGAAGAGUCCCUUAAAGAGGUUGAACUCCUUUUACAAAAAGGCUCCCGCUGCAAGAAGCCCUUACGAACCACUAAGUCCAAACCUAUCUGCUUGCCUCCUGCAAAGGUUGUCGUACUACCCAGAGAUCCUGGUUCCUUUUGGGAGGGGUUGCGCAGGGAAGUGGCAAGAACAGGUGAUUGGGACCUUUGUGAAAGGAUUGGAUAUCACUCUUUUCGAGACCGAGGUGAAUGUUCUGGAUUAGCAGAGGGUCCCCAGGCAUUUCCAGUUACGAAAGCAGCAGUGGGAUCAGGAAAGGCUAAUGAGCACAAUGUUUUUGCCUGGAAGGUUGUGCAAGAUUUGCAGUUUAAUGUUGGAAAAUACAGUCUCAUUUCCCCUCAAGUGAUGAGGCUGAUACGUGUCAUUAAUGCUGACUUAUUAGCCCCCUAUGACAUUACGCACCUUGCUCAAAUAUUAUUUGAACCUCUGCAAACUCAGUUGUUUGAGCGAAAGUGGACUCAGAUGGCCUCACGGGCAGAGAGAGAGAAUCUCAGUCGAGUAGAUGGCGACCCUCUAAAAGGUGUAGGGGUGCAAGCCUUGAUGGGUCAAGGACCUUUCAGCAGUCCUGAUUUGCAGGCCACUUGGCACCCAACUGUGUUGCAAGAAGCCCAGAAUUUGGGGAUGGGUGCCCUGUUACAAGUUAUGGAAAUGUCAGCUCCAUAACAGCAUUACACAGCUAUAAGACAAGACCAUGGGGAGCCCUUUUUAAGGUUUGUUGAACGGUUAGCGCAAUCACUAGAAAAACAAGUGGAGGAUUACACCUUGAGUCAAAAGCUUUGUGUGCAAUUAACUAUAGAUCAAGCUAACACUGAUUGCUGAAAGGUCAUUGAUGCCUUACCUGGUUUACCUGAUAUAGCUGACAUGGUGGAGGCUUGUUCAAAAAUUGGAUCUAUUGACUAUUCCAUGUCUGCCCUGGCAGCCAUUUUACAUUCCCCACAGAAGUGUCACCUGUGUCAUCAAGAAGGACAUUUGAAAGCCCAUUGCCCUCAGUGGAAAGUCAGAAUGGGGAAAAAGGGAGUGGUGACUCUUACAGGUACAUGUACUCUCUGUGGCAAACAGGGCCAUUUUGCAAAGUAAUGUCACUCUCGAUACCAUGCUGCAGGUCACCCCUUGCCGGGAAAUGGGAAGCAGAGCGUGAUGGGGCGUGGGGAGAUAGAAAUGCCUCCAGCUCAAUUUCUGCCUCAGGGACCGGCAGGAUUCCCUUAUGUGAUCAACUCACAGGCAAAACUUCCGGGUCUGCCGGCAUGGAUGUUUCCACAGCUGACACAGUCACAAUCAUAACUAAAGAUGUUACUAAGGUCCCCUUAAAUGCUUGGGGACCUAUAGGGAAUGGAUUAAGUGCCUUAUUAGUGGGACGUUUGAGCAGUACUCUAAUGGGACUUAUGGUUCACAUAGGAUUGAUGCUGACUAUACAGGACAGAUUUCUACCAUGGUUUCUACUAUGUAUCCUCCAGUCCAAAUACCAAAAGGGACUCGAAUAACUCAACUUGUACCUUUUGUGAGUUGUGUUCCAAAAACAGAACUCCGUGAAUGGUAAGAUGGAGAUUUCGGUUCUACUGGUACACCACAAGUUUUUUGGUCUCAACCGAUCUCCGCACACUGACCACAAAUGACUUGCCAUCUGCGUUACACUCAAGGUUCACCUCACAACAUUUCCUUGACUGGACUACUGGACACUGAGGCUGAUGUAACCAUCAUUGCACAUGCUGCCUGGCCCGCUUCAUGGACAGUAGCUCCGGUAACCACUGGAGUUGUGGGAUUGGGUGGAACUACUCAGAGUUACAUUUCAAGUGAUCCCAUACUUAUUGUGAACCCCGAGGGUCAAUCAGCCACAGUUAGGCCUAUUUUAACUGUUGCUCCCUUGACACUAUGGGGAUGGGGCUGUCUUUCUCAGUGGGGGGUGAAAAUUACAAUGGAUUUCUAACAGGGGUCACUGCAUUGCAGGGUGUUACACAACCCACUGUUACCUUAUCUUGGCUCACAGACACUCCUGUGUGGGUUGACCAGUGACCCCUUCCUAAAGAAAAGUUGCUGGCCCUGCAGCACCUUGUAAAAGAACAGCUGGAUGCUGGUCAUAUUGAACCCUCUCUUUAGCUCUUGGAAUACCCCUGUUUUUGUCAUUAAAAAGAAGUCAGGGAAAUGGUGCCUACUCCACAACCUUAGAUAGGUCAAUGCAGUCAUGACUCAUAUGGGGACGUUGCAACCAGGUCUUCCAUCCCCUUCAAUGUUGCCUGUUGGUUGGCCCAUUAUUGUUAUUGAUCUAAAAAAUUGGUUUUUACCAUACCAUUGGGUCCCAAAGACAAAGAAAAAUUUGCAUUUACUGUUCCCUCGGUGAACCACACGGAACCAACCCAAUGAUUCCAGUGGAAAGUUCUUCCCCAGGGAAUGAAAAAUUUCCCCACCAUUUGUCAGUGGUUUAUUGCUCUGACACUGUCUCUAGUUCGUGAAAAAUUUUUAAAUUGUUAUUGUUACCAUUAUAUGGAUGACAUUUUGCUUGCAGCAACCGAUAAGGAUCAACUGACUGAACUUGAAAAAGAGACAAAGAAACAGCUACAGACAUUUGACCUAAAAAUUGCUCCUGAAAAGGUACAGUGAGAACACUCUUGGAAGUAUCUUGGAAUGCAAAUUACCCAGAACACUGUUGCUCCCCAACCGAUACAAUUGGCUGUUGAAAUUAAGACUCUCACUGAUGUACAGAAAUUAGUGGGAUCUAUAAAUUGGAUCAGACCUUAUUUGGGGUUGACAAACACUCAAUUGGCACCUUUAUUUGAGCUGCUCAAGCAUUCCACUAAUCCUCAAAAACCUAGACAUUUGACAAAAGCAGCAACUCAAGCUCUCCAGCAGGUAGAACAAGCACUCCACUCAAAAUUCAUUUCUCGAAUUGACCCUAGACAAGAAGUUCAGCUUUUUGUUUUAAUAGACCACCUUACUCCUUUUGGAGUUUUAGUCCAGUGGUGUGACCAAUGACCUGAUC